AUGGGGGGGCGCGGAGCAGACGCCGGAAGUAGCAGUGGUACGGGUCCCACAGAGGGGUACUCACCACCGGCACAGUCCACCCGAGCCGCGGCGAGAGCCAAGGCCCGAGGGGGUGGGCGUGGCGGCCGCCGAAACACAACACCCUCUGUUCCCUUUUCUCGCAGUGCGGCUCCGAGUCGCUCCCCUCCACCGGCUGCCAUGAGCGAGCGCCUUCGCCCCAGGAAAAGGAGAAGGAAUGGCAAUGAGGAAGACCACCACAUUCCCCCUCAGACCAAAAGGAGUAGUAGAAACCCUGUCUUCCAUGAUUCCUGGGACACAGAGACAGUACCUGUAAUGAAAAACAAAGAAAACAGACUAAGAGGAAACAAAGUUUUCUGCGCGUCUUCAAGCAGUGACAGUGGCGGGAGCAGCAGCGGCAGCAGCAGCAGCAGCAUCAACAGCCCGGACAGGGCCAGUGGGCCCGAGAGCAGCUUAAACCACAUCGUCACCGGGUCCAGCCCCAACACCCCUCAGCCCGUGCCCGAGCAGCCCACACUGUGCCAAGGCCUGUACUUCCACAUCAACCAGACCCUGAAGGAGGCCCACUUCCACAGCCUACAGCACCGAGGACGGCCUCCCACAUGAGGGGCGGGCGGUUUCUUGCCUUCUGUGAAGGGACAGCGCUGUGCAGAUUUGAUAUUUCAUCUUACGAUGUUUCAAAAAAUUGCACAAAAAAAUGCCUGUUAGCUUUUCAGUCUAUAUUUGAAAUAACAGGUUAACAGGCAGUUGUUUACUUGUGGUUUUGCUGCACUAUUGCAAUUUUAAAGGGGCUUUGAAGCAAUUUUUUAUAGGAUUCUUUUGAGGGUGGGUAUCAAAUCCAUGUCAAGGUAAUGGUAUGAGGAAAUCUCAUCUGCGUGUUGAAUCCAUAGUUUGUCCAAUUCAGACUGAUUUCCAAAUCUGUCAAUUAGAAAUUCAUGUAAAAAGGCCUUUUAAAAAUGCGGGAUCUUCAAUUUUUUAAACUGAAUAAACUAGUGAGUAUAUAGUUUCCAUGAAAAAACAUAACAUUUUUCCAAAAUAUAGAAAGCUUGAUUCAGUCUUGCACUGAAAUUGCCAUACUACCUCUUAGUAUGUAGAUGUCCUGUUACUCUUUGUAACAGAACAGCGCGAUCCAAGUGAGACUGUGUAAGUGAGCACCCUCCCUAAUAACUGUCUUCUCUCUUUGUUAUAUAUUUGUAUUUCCAGAGAGAAUGUCUUUCAGACUCUUAUAUACCCAGAUCACCUCUGUCACCGUCAUUGCUCCAGAGCCUACAUCUCAGACUUGGUAGAGAACAUUGCAGUUCCGACAGUCAAGAAAUACGUAAUGAUUUUUUUGUCUUACAGACUUGUUUUAUUGGCAGCUUAUGUGAUCUUGUUGAUAAUUCCACCUUGUAGUGUCGAGAAUUAAGGUGGUGUUGAAUGCUGACAAAAUGUAAGCUAUCAACUGAUGUCUAAGGUUACAAGUGUCGUGAGACUAUUGGCCGAGGAUUCACUUUAUACUUAAACUAACUCCCUAACAGUAACUAGGGGCCACAUUCCACCAUUGCAACUGGAGAGACUGGCAUGG